UUAGGUUUAUUCUGUAAAAAAAAAUUCAAUAAAAAAGAAAAUAAAUAGAAAUAAGAAUUAAUUCGAAAUACUAAAUAAGAAAUAAGAAUAAGGAGUCUUUAUGUCGCGUUACCGAGGACCUCGUUUCAAAAAAAUACGCCGCCUGGGGGCUUUACCAGGACUAACUAAUAAAAAGCCUAGGACCGGAAGUGAUCUUAGAAACCAAUCGCGUUCCGUGAAAAAAUCUCAAUAUCGUAUUCGUCUAGAAGAAAAACAAAAAUUGCGUUUUCAUUAUGGUCUUACAGAACGACAAUUACUUAAAUACGUUCGUAUCGCCAGAAAAGCCAAGGGGUCAACAGGUCAAGUUUUACUACAAUUACUUGAAAUGCGUUUGGAUAACAUCCUUUUUCGAUUGGGUAUGGCUUCAACUAUUCCCGCAGCCCGUCAAUUAGUUAACCAUCGACAUAUUUUAGUUAAUGGUCGUAUAGUAGAUAUACCGAGAGUUAUCGCUGCAAACCCCGAGAUAUUAUUACGGCAAAGGAUGAACAAAAAUCCAGAGCUCUGAUUCAAAUUUCUCUCGAUUCAUCCCCUCAUGAGGAAUUACCAAAUCAUUUGACCCUUCACCCAUUCCAAUAUAAAGGAUUGGUCAAUCAAAUAAUAGAUAGUAAAUGGGUCGGUUUGAAAAUAAAUGAAUUGCUAGUCGUAGAAUAUUAUUCUCGUCAGACUUAAACCUCAGACUGAAACCAAGGGUUCGAAAAAUUUUCUUCCCUUUAGGCGAAGUAAAUUAACCCAAGGUUAAAUAAGUUAAGUAAGAUAAAUCCGAGUUUGAUCUGGAUUUCCCCCAUUUUUGUAUCAUAGACCAAGGAUCUAUUUUCAUUCCUUGUCUACUCUUUCUUUCCAGUAUUUUGAUUAUGAUUAGUUUUUAGUAUUCUAUUUUAGCGUCACAGCAAUUAGGAAUUGAGAAUCUAUAUCUUUAGAUCAAAGAAGGGUCUAGCUGUUGGAAUAAUGGUAUCCAUGGCUAUUUGAGCCCUUGUUGUUAGUAAAAUUGGUGAAUUAAGCGAAAGUACGGAAAGAGAGGGAUUCGAACCCUCGGUAAACAAAAGCCUACAUAGCAGUUCCAAUGCUACGCCUUGAACCACUCGGCCAUCUCUCCUACAUAAUGAUUAUGACCCCAAAACCGAGUGAAUAGCGAGUCAGUCAUAAUCCAUAUUCCAUUAUUGGAUAGGUACGACCAAUCCAUUUUAACUGAAAAUUUUUCAUCAAAGUCAAAGCAAAGAACGAUUUUUCUUUCCUUCGAGGCUCCGGGAUAAAGAUACAAUUUUUCGUAAAAAUUGUUAAAAAAAAUUCAAUUCAUGUUUGCAAAAACAACGUUCCCUUCGUUUUCUGAUAUUUUUAUAACGGAUUAAUUCAAUGAAUUAGAACGAAUCAACUGAUUGAUGGUCUAUAUCUUUUAGACUAUAGUUAAUGGAUACUCUUAAAUCAUAAUUCUAAUUAUAUAGACUAUGAUUCCAUACCAGAAAAUUUUUCAAAUUCCUUUUCGGUUUUGGAGUUCUCAACAACAAACACCUACCCCUCUAUUAGAAUAGAAAUUCCAAAAAAAAUUUAGAUUUGAUUGUAUAGUCUAUACCCGUUAUGUACACAAAAUUGGCAGUUAUUCUAUUUUCAUCAUAGAAUGAUUAUUCGAUCUUUUUUCUUCUUUGUAAUUUGUAUCAUGAUUCAAUAAAAAUUUCUCGAGUUCUUCUAAUUUGUAACUUCACCGAAAUCGGAAUAGUUCCUAUACUACUACAUUAGUAUGAAAUCGAAUCGCCUUGAAAUAUUUCUUAUUUCUUAUCGAUUCCUGUCAAAAAGGAACAAUUGGAAUAGAGGAUUCAUAUCUUUUGUUUUUUUCUUUAAAAAAAAAUAAGUUUUUAUGUUAUUUCGUACUAUACAAUUCUUUUCUUUGUGGGAUCUUUUUCCCACGAGAGGUAAUGAGAAGAAUUCUAGAAUGGAUUGCUACCUAUGCCUAGAUCACGGAUAAAUGGAAAUUUUAUUGAUCAGACCUUUUCAAUUGUAGCCAAUAUCUUAUUACGAGUAAUUCCGACAACUUCAGGAGAAAAAGAGGCAUUUACCUAUUACAGAGAUGGUGCGAUUUGAUUCUUUUUUUUUUUUUAUUUCAUAUUUAUUCAUUUCUCUCAGUCUUACGAGGAGAAAAACACGUGAUUCGAGAAAAUUUUUGAAAAAAAAAAAAUCUACGCUUUUUGAAGGUGAAGUUUGGAAAUAGAACAAUUCCUUCUGUCGUGUAUCCUCGAUUAAUGCAACCUCAGAUGCUAUGUUUCAAUUCUUGAUUCUAGUAUUAAGCGAAAGGUUACGCCUAGAGGUUCUGUAUUACGGGUCAAUCCUACUCUACUAGCGCUAAUAGGCAGCAUAGGGGAAGAAGCGCUACACCUAGGAAUCAACAACACGAAAACUUUGUUCUAAGUCAGCCCUUUCCUUAGCGGGCUUGGGACUAAAAGAAUGGUUGGGACAACAAACAUCCAUCUCGUUCGUCCUUUGGAUACCCGUAUAACCAUCGAAGGCUAUUGAAGUGACUAAUUCCUGGAAAUUAGGAGGCGUUAAAAACAAAGAAAUUGUUGGAGUUAUCUUAUCAUUUCUAUCUAGUCCCAAUAGGCUUGAUGUUAAGAAAGAAUCUCUUGCAGGAAGGUUGGCUAGAGAUUUCUUGUAAAAACACUAGCCCUGCUGAGUUCAUAAUGAGAAUAUUUUUAUCGUUGAAUCUUUUUUGAUUCUAUGUAUUAUUCUCAUUAUGCACAUAAGGGAGGAGCCGUAUGAGGUGAAAAUCUCACGUACGGUUCUGGAACGGAGAUUCUUUCAAUUGAAUGACGACCGUAACGGAUGUCGGCUCAAUCCGAAGGAAAUUACGCGGAAGCUUUGCAGAAUUAUUAUGAAGCUAUGCGACUAGAAAUUGAUCCCUAUGAUCGAAGUUAUAUACUCUAUAAUAUAGGGCUUAUCCACACAAGUAAUGGAGAACAUACGAAAGCUUUGGAAUAUUAUUUUCGAGCACUAGAACGAAACCCAUUCUUACCACAAGCUUUUAAUAAUAUGGCCGUGAUCUGUCAUUACGUGCGACUAUCUCCACUAUAGAAAAAAAAAAAAAAAAAAAAAGAAAAAUCUAGUAAAGUAACUACUAGAACCAAAUAGGCUUUCUACAUAUGCAUCGUCUAAAACAACGAUUUUUAUCAGCUGUAGCAAAGAAAGAAACUUGAUAGAAGUCAAAAUAGGAAAAAAUAAAAAUGCCUAGCAACUUUUUCUAUGGAUAUAAGGCUUUAAUUGAUAGAGAUAGAGGAAGCACCGUAAAGAUCAAUUUGCGAGGUUUUGGGCCGAUACAAUAAUAACUGCGUACUUAUCUCAUGAUGUGAGAUAAAAAUUAGGAAUUAACUUAUGUAAUAGAGUCGAUCCACUAAAGUCUUGAGCAGCGGUGUAGGAUCAGAUCCCAAAGAUAGUAAGUAUUUUCUUUCUUAUGAAAGAAAGUCUUUUUCAAAGAUUCUAUAUAAAUUUAUCUAUGAAACCGAGAUAGUUACCUUUCAUAAAAUUCUAACACUAGUAGAAAAGCCUAUGCUUUAUUCUUCUGAAGGUGGGAAAAAAGAUAAAACUAAAUAAACGGAUUAUUCAUCCAAAUUUCAGUUUGAAACUCAUGUAAUUUACCUAUUUUUCUUUUGGUUAACCCUAAAACUGGGAUAGAUCCAUGAGAAAUCUCAUUAGAUUUUAUUAGAUAUGGUAUAGAUCAAAAUGGGACACCAAAAGAAUUGACUGCUGAGCCGUAUGAGGUAAGAAAUUCUCAAGUACGGUUCUAAGGAAAGGAAUUGAACUACCUAUUCCGGCCGGGGAGAACAGGCCAUUCAACAGGGAGAUUCUGAAAUUGCGGAGGCUUGGUUUGAUCAAGCCGCUGAGUAUUGGAAACAGGCUAUAGCGCUUACUCCCGGUAAUUAUAUUGAAGCGCAUAAUUGGUUGAAGAUCACGAGACGUUUCGAAUAAAAGAAGACCCCGUUUAUUUAUUAUCCUUUAUUUAGAAUCUUAGUCUAUUAUUUAUUUUUUUAUUUAGAAUUUAGAUAUUUGUUAGAAUUAAUUCUUUGUUGGACCCAUCAGAUCAGUUAACUAAAAAACGGAUCGUUCCUUUGCUUUUGGAAGACCCAAUCACAUAAUUUCAUUAUCUCCCUUCUAAGCCUUCUAUUUCACUUCUAUUUCAUCUGCUAUUUUUUAGGAAUAAAAAAGGAUACACAGAUAGAGUACAAAAUAGACUUCUUUUUAUUAUAUUUUUAUUAAAUUAAACAAAAUUCUUAUUAUUAAAACUAAUAAAAGAAACCCUCGAAUCACUAAAUAUAUAUAUACCGGGGAUGUCUCUUAGUAAUGUCUCAUGGCUACUCGCGUGAUUUGGAAUAGAGUAAUUAAAAUCUUCUAGGUAAAAAAUUAAAGAGCUCCAUCUAAUAACUUCUAUGAAUAUACACUAGGUUGCACAAAAAAGUUGUUUUUGGAUCAAUCCAAAGCUCAAAAAGGUUUUUAAAGGGUUAAAAGGUCCGUUGAGCGCCUCAAGGCUAUGUCAUAAUAGAUCCGAACACUUGCCCCGGAUCGACUUCCAGAUCAUAAUUGCUCUAGUAAAUAACUAAAGAAAAUAGAGAGAUAGGAGAUAGAAAAAUAGAAGAGAAACGAACUAAUUAUAGAAAUAUCUCUCUAUCUCUAAGGUUCACUAAUUAUUUGACUGUUGGCGGGUCUCUUUGUAUGUGUUGUCCGGAAAGAGGAGGACUCAAUGAUUAUUCGUUCGCCGGAACCAGAAGUUAAAAUUUUGGUAGAUAGGGAUCCCGUAAAAACUUCUUUCGAGGAAUGGGCCAGACCGGGUCAUUUCUCAAGAACAAUAGCUAAAGGGCCUGAUACUACCACUUGGAUCUGGAACCUACAUGCCGAUGCUCACGAUUUCGAUAGCCAUACCAGUGAUUUGGAGGAGAUCUCUCGAAAAGUAUUUAGUGCACAUUUCGGUCAACUCUCCAUCAUCU